AUGAAGUUCUCAACCACUACUUUAUUCGCUGUCUUAUCGUCAAUCUUGUCGGUCGAAGCAGCUGCAUCUUCAUGUUCAUUCGAAGGUGGAAACUACUACUGUUCCCAAACAAACAAAGUGGUGUACAAGGGAAUUGGAUUCUCAGGAUCCUACCAAGAUGUCACCAACAUGGACGAAAACAGUGGAACUUGUUCACAACAAACAUACUCCUUUUCAGGAAACUUGAGUCCUUUGGAUGAAGAAUUAUCGGUUCAUUUUAGAGGUCCUUUGAAAUUGUUACAAUUUGGUGUUUACUACCCAAACAGUGGGUCAUCGUCAUCAAACUCAAAGAGACAAGUUGAUGAGGAUUGCAACACUCAACACAUCCACCACAAACACAAGAGAGCUACUGAAGUUGUUAAAGUCACCCAAACUGUCUUUAUUGACGGCAAUGGAAACACUGUCACUUCACAAGCCACUGAAACAAACACUGCUGGCGGACAAGAAACUGCCGCAUCUUCUUCAGCUGCUAAUGCCGGUACCACUUCAGUCACCAAUUUGGGCGGCGAAGGAAAAGCAUACAGAUCAAUCUCAACCCAAUCUGCUCCAACAACCACUUCAUCCGAUUCCUCCUCCGCCUCAGAAACAGCUGCUGCUGAUGGCGCAUGGCAAAGAGACACCUACUACACCCCAGGCAACGCCGACAACUGUGUCUUUUUGAACUACCACGGUGGCUCAGGCUCCGGUGUCUGGUCAGCCAAGUUUGGAAACUCAUUGUCAUACGCAAAUUCCGACAACUCUGGUGGUUCAUCUAGUGCUGUUGCCUUGGAGGAAGUCACUAUUGGAUCAAACACUGAAUUUGUUGUUAUGUCAGGUAACCAAUGUUCAGGAAACUCGUGUGGUUACUACAGAGAAGGAUCAGUUGCAUACCACGGUUUUGGCGGUGGCGAAAAGAUUUUCAUUUUUGAAUUUGAAAUGCCAAGCGAUGGCUCUUCUGGUUUCAACGCUGAUAUGCCUGCUGUUUGGUUAUUGAAUGCCAAGAUCCCUAGAACUUUACAAUACGGAGACUCAUCAUGUUCUUGUUGGAAGACUGGAUGUGGUGAAUUGGACUUGUUUGAAAUCUUGUCUUCUGGAUCAGAUAAAUUGCUUAGUCACUUGCAUGAUGGACAAGGUGCUUCUUCAAACACAAACAACGGUGGUGGGGGAUCUCAAGAUUAUUUCGCCAGACCAACUAGUGGAUCCUUGAAAGCUGCUGUUAUUUUCACCGGAAACGAAAUCCACAUUGUUCAAGUUGACGACUCGACAAACUUUGGCUCUAGCUUGGAUGAAGGCACAGUUAACUCAUGGUUACAACAAUCAGGUUCAGCAGCCACCAUUGGAUACUAG